GGUUUUGCAUAUUCCCUUAAAAAAAAGAAAAAGAAAAAAAAGUACGUGAAUGCAGCAUUUUUUGAGUGUUAUGGGUUCUUGUCAGUGACGUAAGGGGAGGGGCGUUCUUCUCGUUUCCAUUGGGCAAGGGGAUGUCACGUGACCGAUGCAAAUGAGCCAGCUGUCUGAGGGGGAGGGAUACGCUCAUUCCGCUCACAAGAUGGCGGACGAAGAGACCAGUCUUCAGACGGCCUUCUCGGGUGCAGCCGAUAUGGACGAGCCCGCCGCUAAAAAGUCCAAAAUUACCUUGGCGACAAAAUACGGUCUCGAAGUCACCGACGCUAAAAAAUACCAAUGCGUGUCUGGUGGCAAGGAGAGUUGGGAGGCGGCGGUGAAUUGUGGCCAGCCAGCGGAGAGGGAAGCGAAGCCGGCGAUGGCGGUGGAAGAGCAGGCCCCCGGGGCGCAAGGCGGAGACAACAAUGACCUGGGAAUGCUCGUCUCCGAGCCUUUUAAGUCCGUCGUGAAUCCAGACGACAGCGCCGUGCUUGGGACAUUCGAGGGCAGUGCCGGUCUCGUUGGGUGUGUCGAUCGCCCCUUCAAUGGUUUGGCUGUCUCUCCAGACCAUGUCACAGAAGAGGAUGAUAGAUCCUCCCAUGCCAGCUCCAGCGACUGGACACCUCAACCGCAUUUAGGUUCCUACAGUGUCAUCCAGCAACACAUUAGAGAGACUGACCCAAGGACCAUUUUAAGGGAAUUGCUGCCCGAGACUGUACUCCCACCAGAUUUAGAUGACAUGACUCUGUGGCAGAUCAUCAUCAACAUCUCAGAACCUCCGAAAAGAAAGAAGCGGAAGGAUAUCAACACUUUGGAAGAUGUGGUCAGGCUACUCCAUGAGAGUAAAAGGAUUCUUGUGCUGACCGGUGCUGGGGUAUCUGUUUCGUGUGGCAUACCAGAUUUUCGCUCUAGAGAUGGAAUUUAUGCCCGUCUGGCCGUUGAUUUUCCUGAUCUUCCUGAUCCCCAAGCUAUGUUUGACAUUGAAUACUUCCAAAGAGAUCCAAGGCCAUUUUUCAAGUUUGCUAAGGAGAUCUACCCAGGUCAAUUUCAGCCUUCGCCCUGUCACAAGUUCAUUUCCAUGAUGGACAAGCAGGGCAAGCUGCUGCGUAACUACACACAAAAUAUUGAUACAUUAGAACAAGUGGCCGGAGUUCAGCGAAUUAUCCAGUGUCACGGGUCAUUUGCAACUGCUUCCUGUCUCCUCUGUAAAUACAAGGUGGAUUGUGAAGCUAUUCGGGAAGACAUCUUUAACCAGCGGGUCCCCCAUUGUCCUCGGUGUCUGGAUAUUCCUUUAGCAAUAAUGAAACCUGACAUCGUCUUCUUUGGAGAAAAUCUUCCAGAAAUGUUUCACAGAGCCAUGAAACAGGACAAGGAUGAGGUAGAUCUUCUGAUUGUCAUCGGAUCGUCACUGAAAGUCCGACCAGUCGCCCUCAUCCCAAACUCCAUCCCUCAUGAAGUGCCUCAGGUCUUGAUCAAUAGGGAACAGCUGCCUCACCUCAACUUUGACGUGGAACUCCUCGGCGACUGCGACGUCAUCGUCAAUGAGCUUUGUCAUCGACUGGGAGGCGACUUCGAGCAGCUCUGCUACAACACAGUAAGACUCACUGAGAUCACAGAGAAACCCCCUCGGUUACCAGAGCAGUCACCGUACGAGGCCUUGUCUGCUGCGGACGACGGAUCCCCAGAGGAGCCGAAGCAGCACAGUACAGACUCUGUCCUAAAGCUUUCACCACAAAGUCCGAAUGUCACAGAAACUGCUGCUCACCUUGCACCUCUCGAGUCUUGUCCUGAUGCUCAGUGCCCCAGCGAAGUGAUCGCUGAGCCCAAUAAGUCACCAGUCAAAUGCCCAACUAAAGAAGAGACCACAGAAGAAAGGAGCCAAUCCUCACACCAUGAAUUUCGGCGACGGUGCUGGAUGAAUCGGAUAAGCCGAAGUCCAAUCAGCAAGCGUCUUGCCACGGGGCAGUACCUGUUUCAAGCACCGCAUCACUACAUCUUCCAUGGCGCCGAGGUUUACUCAAACUCUGAGGAUGAGACAUCGAGCUCGUGCGAAAGUGACAGCGAUGAAUCAGAGUGCAGUGGCGAUGAGGGAGGAGAGGUCAGCGAGCUGGAGGAAGCCGAUGACACGGCCUGCCUCGAGGACACAUUGCAAGACACUUUAGCCAAUGAGGCUACAUCGAGUUUGCAGACAGACAGUGCGGAAGAACAAACUCACAGCCCCACACAUCUUUAAAGUACCCAGUUGACAAAGCACUCAUCUUUGGAUAUAUGUAUGUAUAUAUGUGUAUGUAUAUAUACAUAUAUAUGUUUCAUAUAUUUUUUUGACUCAUCAGUCUAUCAGUUGAAAUUGUCAUAUUAUGUGAAUAUGUAACAAGUUGUUUUUUUUUUUUUUUUUUUGCCCCAGUCAUGCAUUGUGUCUGAAACAAACUACACACUGCUUACUUAAUAGAAACGGUUGCUAUCUCUCGUUUGUAUUCCCAUUUUAAAAUGCAUCAGUUCAUUACUGCAUCUUCUGUCAAAGGACAGCAGUUUAAGCUUUAAGACAUUAAUUGUAUCAGUCCACAAUGUGACACUGUGGUCUGCGAUGUUUUGCAGCUGUUUUAUGUUCCAGUAGCAUGAACGUUUUCGUCAAAUUCCUGCUUAAGAUGUAGCCUCCGGUGGCUUGCUUGAACAUUUUGGCUAGUCUGAACACAAACAGUUCAACUCCGGUUGUUCAUGAGCGUAAAUGCAGCAGGAAAUGGUCCAUUUUAAGUUUAUACCAAAGAACAUUUCAUCAGCAUGAUUGGAUUUUGAUAUAAGCUCUGUGUAUUCCUCUUGUCAAUUGAGUCUUUGAGAGAGAUUAUUGAAAAGGUGGUUUCUUCAGAUGUGGCAGCUACUUUUUACGGUCAAGCGUCUUAUUUUUAUACUCAGCUUGGAGACAUACUCAGUGAAGAGUAGAUGAUAGUCUUUCUGUACAAAGUUGUCCUUCGUUUUAUUACAAAGCCUUAUGUUCAAUCAACGUUGGAAAAAAAAUAUGCCGUAUUCAUGAGACCGAUUGUUGCCCUUAUUUUUCAUUGAAUAUAAAUUGUGUAAUAUUGUCUGUUGUCUUACUGAGAGUGUUGCAUGUCAAUGUGUUGGUCAGCUGAUAAGACCUGUGAGCCCGGUGCCAUCGCCAUUCAGAUGCUAUUAUAUUCUACGAUCUAAGAGUACGGUUUGCCAGCAUUUACACUGUGUAUGGAAAGUAUUCAUAACUCCUUAAAAUUUUUACUUUGUUACAUUGCAGUCAUUUUCUAAAAUCAUUUUCUCACCCCCCAUUACAGUACCCACAACGCCUAUAUUGAUGGAAAACAGAAUUGUUGAAACUUUUGCAGAUUAAAAAAGAAAAAUUGGUAUAUCACACAGCCAUAAGUAUUCAGACCCUUUGCUGUGACAUUUUUAACUUUGGGGUCCAGCUGUGUUUGAUAAUAAAUAUUGGACUUGA